UCAGAUUUAAUUAAUCAAACCGCCGCAUCUGGUAACCCGUAAGAAACAAAGAUCUGGGAACAGCAUGAUGAACAGGUGCCCUUCCUUUCGUGCCUCCCUCCCUUCCCUUCCCCUCCCUAUAAAGCAGACACCCCUUUCCUUCUCCCAUCGCAUCUCAUUCUUUCCUCGCCGAUCUCUCGCGUCGUCUCCUCCUGCCAGUUGCAUCGGAUCCCCUUCUCCUUCCCAAACAGCAUCCCAGCAAAGAUCCCAUUUUGCAGAAUUAAAGGAGAUGACGAUCUCGUCGGCCCUUCGGGUCUCCGAUUCGAAGCUGGUGGUUAAAGGCCGCACCGUCCUCUCCGGCGUCCCUGACAACGUGGUCGCCGGCUCCGCCGUUAGCUGCGGCCCUGUCGACGGUAUCUUCCUCGGCGCUGAGUUUUCGGGGCCGAGCAGCCGCCAUGUCGUCUCCCUCGGCACUCUCAGGGAUGUGAGGUUCUUGGCGAUCUUUCGGUUCAAGCUCUGGUGGAUGGCGCAGAGGAUGGGGAAGCAGGGGAGGGAUAUCCCACACGAGACCCAGUUCCUCCUCUUGGAGUCCAAAACUGGAUCUUUUAACGGUGCUGGCGACGACGAGGUGGUUUACGUCGUCUUCCUCCCCUUGACCGAAGGCCCCUUCCGCGCCUGCCUCCAGGGCAACGAUGCCGACGAGCUGGAGCUCUGUUUGGAGAGCGGCGACGAGGACACCAAGUCGGCCUCCUUCUUCCACGCCCUUUUCGUCGGCGCCGCGACCUCCGACCCCUUCGCCGCCAUCACCGGCGCCUUCGAGGCCGUCAAGGCGCGUCUCCGUUCCUUCCGCCACCGGACGGAGAAGAAGCUCCCCGGCAUCGUAGACUGCUUUGGGUGGUGCACGUGGGACGCGUUCUACCAGGACGUAACGCAGGAGGGCGUCGAGGCCGGUCUCCGCAGCCUCACCGACGGCGGCGCCCCGCCGAGGUUCGUCAUCAUAGACGACGGCUGGCAAUCCGUCGGCCCCGAUAAUGAUGAUGCACCUGUGCUCCGACUGACCGGAAUCAAGGAAAACGGCAAGUUUCAGAGCGAGGACGACCCCGCCGCCGGGAUCAAGACGAUCGUCCGCACGGCCAAAGAGAACUACGGCCUCAAGUACGUCUACGUGUGGCACGCCAUUACCGGCUACUGGGGCGGCGUCCGACCGGGGACGGAGGACUACAACUCGAAGAUGAAAUACCCCAAAGUCUCGCCGGGAGUGAUGGAGAACGACCCGAGGAUGAAGACGGACACCCUCACGGUGCAGGGACUGGGCCUGGUGCAUCCCAAGAGCGUCUACAAGUUCUACAACGAGCUCCACAGCUACUUGGCGGCUGCGGGGGUCGAUGGGGUUAAGGUCGACGUGCAGUGCAUCCUGGAGACCCUCGGCGGCGAGCUCGGAGGGAGGGUGGAGCUCACAAGACAGUACCACCGGGCUCUGGACGCCUCCAUCGCCAAGAAUUUCCCCGAUAAUGGAUGCAUCGCUUGCAUGAGCCACAACACCGAUGCUCUGUACUGCUCGAAGCAGACGGCGGUGGUGAGGGCGUCGGACGAUUUCUACCCGAGGGAGACGGAGUCGCACACCAUCCACAUCGCCUCUGUCGCCUACAACAGCGUCUUCCUCGGUGAGAUCAUGCUCCCUGACUGGGACAUGUUCCACUCUUUCCAUCCGGCGGCGGAGUACCAUGCCUCUGCUCGCGCCAUCAGCGGCGGACCGGUUUAUGUCAGCGACGCUCCCGGAAAGCACAACUUUAAGUUACUCAAGAAACUGGUCUUGCCGGAUGGAUCGACCCUCCGUGCUCAAUUGCCCGGUCGACCCACUCGAGAUUGCCUCUUCUCCGAUCCCACUCGAGAUGGCAUCAGUUUGUUGAAGAUAUGGAACAUGAACAAAUACACAGGAGUUGUCGGAGUCUUCAACUGCCAAGGCGCAGCAUGGAGCUCCACGGAGAAGAAGAAUGUGUUCCACAGAACCACCUCGGAGGCUCUAACCUGCACUGUGACUGCAACUGAUGUGCAGCUCAUCUCAGAGGUUGCCUCUGAUCGCGAUUGGAGUGGUGAUUGUGUCGCCUACCGGCAAACCUCUGGGCAGCUUUUGGUCCUCCCUCACCAAGCUGCUAUCCCUGUUUCCUUGAUGGUUUUGGAGCAUGAGAUCUUUACAGUCUCUCCCAUCAAGGAUUUGGCACCUGGCUUCAGAUUUGCACCGGUGGGUUUGGUGGACAUGUACAAUGCAGGAGGAGCAGUGGUAGGUCUCACAUACCAUGUGUUGAAGGAUUCUGGUUCGGCGGCAACAGAGCAUGAGGCUGUAGCAAUGGUGUGCAUGGAAGUGAAAGGAUGUGGUAGAUUUGGAGCCUAUUCUUCAGUGAAGCCCAGGAGAUGUCUGCUAGGUUCUGCUGCUCCUGCUGAGUUUGCUUAUGACUCUUCAUCUGGAUUCUUGGCUGUUCAUUUGGAGAGCAUGCCCAAGGGUGAUAGGAAAGUUCACAAUUUAGUGAUUGAGUUCUAGGGUUAGGUUGAGAUGAGAUUGUAUCAACCAGAGUUGUUGCUCCUCAGCCAUUGAUAAGCUAUUAUUGCAUAUCUCCAAUAAAGAAACGUCUGAGGAAAUUUUACUGCUA